AUGUCAUCUCCGUCUCUGACUCUUCUCAACCCGGCAAGUGUUGCGCCUAGUGGACCUUUCUCCCACGGCGUGGUCAUUCCUUCCGGCCAUGAUAUAAUCGUUACGGCAGGACAGAUUGGGACCGUCGAUGCCCAAGGCACCAUCGCCGAGUCCUACGAAGCCCAGGUGGCGGCCGCUAUUGAGAACCUUGGUGCUGUUCUGGCCGAAUAUGGAGCCACCCCCAAGGAUAUCGUCAAGUUGACGUACUACAUUGUCGACUAUGAUCUGUCCAUCAGGCCCGUUCACAUCAAUGCCCUGACCAAGUUCCUCGACGGACACAGGCCGGGAACAGCGCUGAUAGGAGUGGCAAAGCUGGGGAACCCUCGGCUGAAAUUUGAGAUUGAAGCGAUCGCUGUCGUGAAACCCGGGACCGUGUCCGCACCUGUUGUGUCUGGCCUGGCGUGA